AUGGAGCAGAACAUCGACCUCACCAAGCUGUCGGACACCGACAAGAAGGAGCUCAACCAGGUCCUCACCAAUGAAGCCCAGAAGAGCAACAUUCAGCAGACCGUCCACCACCUGAACGAAGUUUGCUGGCAAAAGUGUGUCACCAGCAAGAUCUCCUCCGGCGCCCUCGAUAAGUCCGAGGAGGCUUGCGCGCAGAACUGCGUUGAGCGGUGGAUGGACUCCAGCCUGGCUAUUCUAUCUAAGCUGGAUAACAUGCGCCACUAA